AUGGAAGCCCAAUCACGAGAAAAAUCACCAGUCAGAGCAUCCGCGGAAACUUCAACAACGGAUGCAACAGGAUCAAAAGAUGAAGCUCUAGCACUCGCCGGCGAAACAGCUCGAGCAAUCGACCCAGCCGUCGAACGUCGCGUCCUUAGGAAGAUCGACCUUUUUCUCAUGCCAGCUAUGGUCAUCGGCUAUGGACUCGUAUACUAUGAUAAAGCUAUCUUGGGUAGUGCAGCACUGUUCGGGAUGACAGCAGACCUUCACCUUACGGUUGUUGAUCGCACGACCACCCCACCAACAACCAGUACAAACCGCUUGAGCUGGGCAACUUCACUAUUCUACUUCGGAAUGCUUGCUGGCUUGUACCCGAUGAGUUUUGCCUUACAAAAGUUCAACAUCGGCAGGAUUCUUGGUCCCAUAGUGGUACUUUGGGGCGGCAUCUGCAUGUUGACUGCCGCCGUGCAAGAUUGGCGUGGUCUGUUUGUGCAAAGAUUCGCUUUGGGUUUCGUGGAAAGCAUCAUUCCUACUGGAUUCUCAUGCAUAGUGUCCAGCUACUAUACCCAGCGCGAGCAGACUUUCCGCCAGGCCUGGUGGUUCUCUGGCACAGGUCUCUUCACGAUUAUUGGAAGUGCGUUGAACUAUGGCUUUGGCCAAAUUACUGGAGGUGACUUGAGGCGCUGGCAGUAUAUCUAUCUGCUUGCCGGUGCACUAACGAUCGUCUUUGGUGGUUGGUGCUUCUUGGUCCCGAACUCGCCGGUUAGCGCUUGGUUCUUGAAUGCUGAAGAGCGGAUUGUUGCUGUCGAAAGACUUCGCAAAGGUCAGACUGGCGUGAGAUGCAAGGAGAUCAAGAUGUAUCAGAUCAGAGAAGCUCUGCUGGACGUCAAGGUGUACCUUGUCUUCAUCAUGAUGGGGUGUGCGUACACAGUCAAUGGCGCAGUGGCUGGCUUUGGACCAUUGAUUGUCAGCACUUUUGGCUGGAACACUCUUCAGUCCAUCUUGCUCCAAUUUCCUGUCGGCGGCAUCAGUUGGUUGGGCAUCUUACUUGCUGGCUUCAUCCCACUCUAUGUUCGCAACGUCAGAAUCAUCAUCCUGAUUGUCUGCUGUCUACCGGUCUUGGUUGGUUGCGCCCUCAUCUGGAAUUCAGACUGGACACAUCACGCUGCAGCCCCAGUGGUAGGCUACUCCAUCAUCGGAUUCUUUGGUCCUGUCGUUUCCCUCAUCAUCGCUUUGGGCAUGUCGAAUGUGGCAGGCGCGACCAAGAAGAGUUUCAUGUCUGCUGCCAUCUUUGUUGCUUAUUGUGUCGGCAAUAUUGUUGGUCCGCAGCUUAUAAAGAGCGAGACUCGCCGCGAACACUAUCCCGAGCUUUGGACUGGAUUGAUCAUCUUUUACUGCAUCACUAUCGCCGCUUCUUUGGCCCUGUACUAUGUUAUGUGGCGCGAGAACAAACGAAGAGAUGGACUCAAUCUGAACGAAGAAGACGCUGAUCGACUUGCGUUCAAAGACCUCACGGAUAAGGAGAACCUCCAUUUCCGAUAUGUAUUGUGA